AGAUAAAAGGCACGCAACCAGCGACGUGACCUAAUGAAAACAAACAGAAAAUGGGACGGCUGACGUGGGUCCGUAGCCUGGCAUUCGUCGAAAUUAGCCUUCCUCCUCUCUGUGGAUAUCCCUAAUUUGUUUUUGUGACUUUAAUCGUUGAAGGGGCGCGGUGACAGUACGUCUUUGAAUCGCCGGAGGGUUUGUGAUGAGCUCGGGAGCCGUUCAGCAUGGACAACGAUCUGAGCCCACAAGACAAGAAAGACCUGGACAAGUUCAUCAAAUUCUUUGCACUGAAGACAGUGCAGGUGAUUGUUCAGGCUCGCCUUGGAGAGAAGAUCUGCUCUUCCUCCUCCUCUUCGCCCACCGGCUCGGACUGGUUUAAUCUGGCAAUAAAAGAUAUCCCAGAAGUGACUCAUGAAGCAAAGAAAGCAUUAGCAGGACAGCUGCCGGGGAUUGGCAGGUCCAUGUGUGUGGAGAUCUCCCUGAAAACCUCAGAGGGAGACUCUAUGGAGCUGGAAACGUGGUGUUUGGAAAUGAAUGAAAAAUGUGACAAAGACAUCAAAGUGUCGUACACUGUUUACAACAGACUGUCGUUACUGCUCAAAUCACUGCUCGCGAUUACGAGGGUGACUCCAGCCUACAAACUGUCACGGAAACAAGGCCAUGACUAUGUUAUACUGUACAGGAUAUAUUUUGGGGAGGUGCAGCUUGCUGGACUUGGGGAAGGUUUCCAGACAGUGCGUGUGGGGCUGGUUGGUACUCCAACUGGCACCAUCACUCUGUCAUGUGCUUACAGAACAAACCUGGCCUUCAUGUCCACCAGGCAGUUUGAGAGGACGGGUCCUAUCAUGGGGAUCAUCAUCGAUCACUUCGUUGAGCGUCCUUUCCCUAACACGGGGCACAUGCAUGCAUGUGACUACAGGGCGACAGGCGAGGAAGACGGUGUCGGGUAUCCAGGGGUGGAAGACUCUCAAGAAGUGUGCACCACCUCCUUCUCAACCUCACCCCCCACACAGUGUGUAUUCACUGUAAGUAAGGCGCAUUUUAAGAGCCCUAAGCCUGCUGUGAUGGACACUCUGAAGGUGCCCAUGCUUGGCUUGUCCUUCUCGCACCAACUCUGCAGCUCUCGUCUUUCCUAUCAGCCCCCCAUGCCGGGAGCGGCCGAUCUCUGCUACCCUGCCGCCUUAAACUCGACGAACCCCCACCAGAUGGUGCUCCCUGGGAAGGAGGGAGGUGUACCCCUGAUGCCUCCACAACCGUGCCAUGGGACCCAGGCGGAACAUGGCCGCGUGUCCUCCUGCCCCCCAGCAGAUCCCGGGCACCACCUCUCUGGCAGCCCUUCCACUGGCGAGGAUGCAGAGACCUUGUCACGGAGUGGAGAGGCAAAGACUGCAUGUCGUCCUGAAGCCCUUGAGACCACGUUCACCAGGAAAGUCGGCGCUUUCGUGAAUAAACCAUCCACCCAGGUGACCACAACAGGUCUGGACUUGCCAUUUGCUGCAUUUGCUCCACGCGCGCUCAACUCCGAGGAGAACGACCCCAUGGUCCACCCACCAGAAUCUCCAACCACAGCGUCCCCGCUUCAUGGAAGCCUGCACUCCCAGGACUCUGUCGAUAGCGCUGGGCAAACACAAGAUGACUUUGUCAUGGUGGACUUUAAGCCAGCCUUCUCAAAGGAUGACCUCCUUCCCAUGGACCUGGGAACCUUCUACAGGGAGUUCCAGAAUCCGCCGCAGCUGUCCAGCCUCUCAAUUGAUGUUAGCGCACAGUCGAUGGCUGAGGACCUGGACUCGUUACCAGAGAAACUGGCCAUCUAUGAGAAGAACAUCGAUGAGUUUGAUGCGUUUGUCGACACCUUGCAGUAGAACCUCAAACUGGAUUAAAGCACAACCUGUUGUUUGUCACAUAAUGCCAAAAAAUCCCAUUAAUGCACCUAGUGGAGUCUUUCUCUUGCUUUGGUUUUCUUCCCCAUUGUAGCGUAUCAGGCUCUAUCUUAAUCUUCAUACAGAGAUCUCUUUUCUGUCUCAAGUGUUCUGCAGUAGUAUCACCGAUAAUGUUAUUCACUUCUCCUGUCAGUGGUUUUAAUAUUUUAGCUGAUCGGCGUAUGUACAUACUACUUUUUCGUUUCUGGGAGAUUGUUCUGAAAUUUCAACCUGCUCUGGGGGCAGAGGAAACAUAUGAAAGGUCCCAUUCUGAGUUCCCUUGAGCCUGUUGAUGUAAUAAUGUAGAUAAUGUACAGGCAGCGGUGCUCUGAGAAAACCAGGAUAUCUGUGUAACACUGUCCAGACUGAUUUCCAGCUGGAGUUUCUAAUGUAAAUACAAGGGUUUCCCCUGCCUGUCUACACUGCAGUCAGUCCUGGGGAGGAGACUCGCACCAUAUUAUUAUGCCUAGAGGUUGUAUAAAUAAUGUGAGGAUCCCGGUGCAGCCGCGUGGAUUAGCGCAGCUGGGUUUACACUGUUUCAGUGAGUGCUUUCUGUAAAGUAGCGUCAAGUCGUCUUUGCUUACUGCUGCCUCGGAUUUGUCUCCUUCGGGGGGGGUGGGUGGGAUUUUUGGUGUCCCGUAGAGUUAGGGAAUCUUCUGCGACAUCUUAGGUCGGAAUAUGGUGCUAGUUUACCAUUUCACUGCAGACUAGUGUCCACUUCGGAGUGCUUGUUGUGCCUGUGCUGUUCAGCUGGCCUGUCCUUUCUCCUAGGCUUUGUAAUAUGGCAUGGUUGUAAAAUAAAAUUGGACUAUUUCAAAAUGUUGCCCUGUUUUCUGA